AUGGCGGCGAGUCCGUCAGCGACAGCGGCGGCGGAGGCGAUGGGGCGCUCCGCGCCGGCGCCGUCAGUCGCCUUCAAUCUCAACGCGCUCGCCGUGCCCGACGCUGCAGCGCUGCCGCUGCCAGGUUCGCUGCAGAUUGCCUCGCGAGGUGAAUCCAACUUCAACGGCUUCGCCUGCUCCACCUCGCCCGCCCUUGCCUCCGCUAGAAGCGCCGAAACAACCGGGGAGCCGCCUUCGAGCGCGCGUCCCCCCGGGUCUGUGCCCCCCGUGCAGUCCACCGCCGUCCCCUCGCGCCUUCCGCCCGUCUGGCCAGCCGCUGCCGUGGCGCGCGCUCAGCUUGGCGCGCUGGUCGCGUCGUCCCUCCCUGCCAUGGCCUUCCCCGCCACGGCCACGCCUGGCGCACCCAACGCCACGCCCGGUAGUGCGAGCUUGCCGCUGCUGCCACACGCGCCCGCUUCCUCGGGCGCUCAUCGCGCCGUCGCCCCGCCAGCGCACCGGGUCGUCCACACCGCGCUCGCACUUCCACCCGCCCAACCCUCACCGCCUCUCGCCUCCCCCACUGCCACACCCUCCCCCACUGCCACAAUCGCCUCAGUCACCAGGCAACCGCACACACACUCGCUCGCCGCUGCAGCUACCGCCGGUUGCUCCCCCGCGCCCUCGCACCUCCCGUUGCACGCCCUGGCCACGCCGCCUCCACCGCCUGCUCCCCCUCCGUCUCCCCCCUGCCGCGCUGGCCCAGCGCAGGCGAUGCUCCGUGCCGUGGGGGUGGCCCAGACAAGCGCGGCGGGCGAAAGGGGCAGCAAGGGGGCGCACGCGGCAAGGGGAGGGGCAGAGCCAGUUGCAGGCGCGGAGGGGGGAUGCGAGGGAGAUGCGGCGGUGCAGGGUGAAGCGGUGCAUGGGAGGCCGAUCCCCUCGGCAGCGAGGCGAGGAGGCGAGGGCGUGGCGAUGGUGGCACACGGGGAUGGCCCAUGGCACCACGUACAAGCACCGGGAGAAGCCGAGGGCGAAGCAGGAGAGGGAAAGGUAGGAGAAGGGGAGGCGCAGGGGCGAGGAGGUGCGGGCAGCAGGCAGUCCAGUGCGCGGGUGCUCUCCCCCAGGGCGCGGCCUCGCCCUGCGCUGCACACGUGGGCAGCGCCGCCCCUCACGGCCGUGCAUGCAGCACUGCCCCGCUCCACGGGCGCCGCGCCCAGCAGCAGAGGUGGCACGGCAGUGGGGGACGAGGAGCAGCGGGCGGUUGGUUCUACGGGCGACGCACAGUGCGUGGCAGCGCCACAGCCCCAUGCGCCUGCACCUGCUGCCACUGCUGCCGCACUGGCUGUGCCUGUGCCGUGUGCAGCAGCAGGUGUGGUGGGGGGCGAGACACGCCCCAGCCAUUGUGCGGGUGCAGGUGGUGCGGCGCUGCAGUGCACGGGGCAGGCGAGUGUCGCAUCCGCGAAGGCAGGCGAGCGCGUGUGGGUGCAGCAGUGGGGGCAGGCGGAGGGGCAUGUGGCGCCCCAGGUGCUGGGGGGAGGCGCACUGGUGAAGGUGGGCAGCGCAGGAGGCUUUGCCACGCGCUACCUCUCACAGCCUCUGCAUGGCAGCAGCGCAGUGCAGGGCAGUCUGGCCGCUCUGGAGCGUUGCCCUGGGGGGGCUGCUGGCGGACACGGGUUGGCUCAUGCAGGCGCUGCGUGGAGGGAAGGGGCGGAUGGCGGGUGGAGGGGCAGGCUCGAUAGGCAUGGUGGGAAGCGCAAGGAGAGAGAGGGCGUGGAGGCCGAGGACGUGGGGAGGGGGGAAAGAGGGGCAGAAGGGGCAGAAGAGGAAAGGGCAGGGAUGGUGGAGAGGUGCGGCGCAGGGGGGAAGAUGAUGUGUGCGGCAGGUGGUGGCAAUGCUCGCAUGCAGCAUGGCGCCAUGGCAUACGGUGCUGCUGCUGAUCAUGCGCGGGAAGGUAUGGAGGGUGGUGGUUCUGGUGGCGGGUGUGGCGAAUGUGGUGGCAUGCCAGGGCGCGGGACAAGUGAGGGGGAGCCGGGAGGGCAGGUGCAGGUGAGGGAGCAGCAUGAGGUGGUGCGAGGGCAAGGGGAGGUGGCAGCGGAGGAGGCAGCAGAGGAGGCAGCAGAGGAGAGCAUUCUGGUGCAGCUGUUGAAGAAGCAGCUGCUCUCACUUGCUGAAGCCAUUGCCACGCAUGAUGAUAUGCGAGCGCGCUUCCUGCUGCAGCACCUGUGGCAGGAGGUGGACCCCGUGGGCUCGCCCAUGCAGCGCACCGCCUUCUACUUCCUGCGCGCUCUCUCCGCCAGAGCCACCGCCACCGCGCACCUGCUGCACACGCCCUCCAUGCCACAGGUGGGUGCGUGCCACAGGUGGGUGCGUGCCGCAGGUGGAAGCGUGCCGCAGGUGGAAGCGUGCCGCAGGUGGAAGCGUGCAUACACAGGGCGUCACGUCUCACUCUUCCACAAGCAGCUUGCACUGCACCCCUUCUCGUGCACACAUUCUCUCCUGUGCCAUGCGUCUCAUCCUUCCCGGGCUGCCUUGUCCCUCUCCCCGUCCGCGCCCCUCCGUGCCGUGUCCCUGGUCUUGUCCGUGCGCACGGUGCGCGGCGUGCAGGAGGUGGAUGACGCCCUGGCGUCGGUGCUCGCCGCCACGCCCCUGCGCCACUUCCUCUCCUGCUCCGCCACCCAUGCCCUGCACCUUGCCCUCAUGCCCGCCCUCACACACCCCCAUGUUCACCCACACGCCCUUACUGCCCACCACACUGCCCGUGCUGCUGCUACUGACGGUGUGGGGGUGGGAAUGGCAGUGAGUGAAGGACAGCGGCGUGUGGAGAGAAAAGGAACAGUGAAGGGGAUGGCGUUGCAGCAGCAGCAGGAGAGGCAGGGGAGCAGCACGGAGGAGGGCGAGGAGAGAUCUGCAGAGAAGCAGAAAGCUGAGAGGUGUGGGGAGGAGGGAAGGGCGAAAACUGUUGGUGAGGAUGAGGAAGGUGAGGGAACAGAGAGGGAGGGGAGCAUUUUUGGGGAUGAAGGCAGUGCGAGGGGCUGUGGAGGAAGCAGGUUGUGUGGCAGGGAGAAGGUGGGCGGUGGAGCAAGUGAUCCGUGCGUGGCAUGUGUGGAGGAUCCAGCAUCCCAUUCACACGGCAAGCACACGAGCGUGCACCCGCCGUGGCCGCGUGCGCCGGGUGCCCCCCUGGCAGUGCACGUGGUGGACCUGGGCCAGCACCACGCCGCUCACUGCCACGCCCUGCUCUCCGCGCUCGCUGCCUGUGCGCCGCAGCACCGCCCCGUGUCACUGCGCCUCACCCUCGUGCACCUGCUCCAUGCCCACCCCGCCUCGCCCUGCACACACCCCUUGCUGCCUCCACACCACAGCAGCAGCGCUGACACAGACUCACCUGCAUGUGCGGGCCUUGCUGCUGCUGCACCUGCCACGUCCUGUGCGGAACACGUGUGCGCGCAUGCCUCGCGCACUGCCCUACCAUCUGCGCCUCACGACACUCAAGGCCUUGGCCCCAGCCUCGCAGGCAGCGGCUGUGCUGCAGUGGAUGCUGCACGUGGACCCGUGCCCGGUGGGGCUGCACACCCCGUGCUGCCUGGUGACCCUCAUGCUGCUGCUCUGCCUGCUGCUGGCCACGAAGGCGCAGAUGGUGCUGCAGUGCGUGCGAGCAGAGGGCCACCUGGCAGGCAUGGGCUUGGCAUGGCAGCAGGUCACAGUGAGGCGGGCAGGUUGGAUGAGUGCAGCAGUGCACAGGGACAGCACACAGAUACUCAUUCCCUACAGCCCUCACCACCACUUCAGGGCUCACCACCCACACCCAGUAGCAUCGCCCCUGCUGCUGCCACUGCCGCUGCUUCUGCCAAUGCACCUGCAACACCACAGUGCUGCGUGCUGCCUGCACCUGCUCAUGCUGCUCCCACUCCUGCACUCCAUCCGCCUUCCUCUGUGCACCUGCCACACACACCUGCACCCUCCCCCGCAUUCUCUCACCCCACUCAGGCUGCACCUCUGCUGGUGCAGCAGGUGCAGGCGGCGGCGCAUGGGUUAGGCAUGCAUGUGAGCGUGCGCGCAGUGCAGGUGGGCAUGCAGGGGGUGACACGCGAGGCGCUGGGCGUGCAGGAGGGGGAGGUGCUGGUGGUGCGCGCUGCCCUGCUGCUGCAGCAGCUGUGCGAUGCCUCCGUCAUCCGAGCCAACCCCCGUGACUCACUGCUUCAGGCCAUCCACUCUCUACGGCCACUACUGGUGACAGUGACGGAGCAGGAGGUGGGGCUCAACUCGCCCUUCUUCCUCAGCCGCUUCCGGGAAGCCCUGGAGCACUACUCAGCAUGGUUUGACUGCCUGCACGCGCCCACGUGCCCGGCGUCGCAGGUGCAGCGCGGGGUGCUGGAGGCGCAGGUGCUGGGGGCGGGCAUCAGCAACAUCGUGGCCAGCGAGGGCAUCCACCGCCGCAUGCGCCCUGAGCCUCUGCACGCGUGGCACACCCGUGCUAUGCGCCUGGGCUUUGAUGUGGUGCCCAUCAGUGGGGACGUGCUCAAACCCAUGGCAACUGCCAUGGACACCAGCAGCGAGGGCCUUCAAGUCCUGUUGAGCCGAGGCGCAGCUGUGCUCGUGUGGAAGGGCUGUCCCUUGCUUUCAACAUUUGUCUUGAAACCAAGUGAGGGAGCAACUGCAUCUUCGACAUGA